AUUUGCAAAUGAUGUUUUAUCAUUUCAGGUUCUGCUGUUGAAGAAGAAGAUAAAAAAUUCUCAAUGUAUCCUAAGCAAUUUGAUAAGAUGGGGACAGAGAGGAACCUUGUGCAGUUCUCUAGCAGCAUCAAUGAAUCCCAGUUAGCUCUGCCUCCAAAAGGAGUUCGGCCAAGUGCCCAUGAUAGAGAUUCUGAACUUUUUAAAUCAUACGGUCAACCAUGCUUGGCAUUAACUGAUCAGAUAGUAGAUACAGCUAAAGAUUUGAGGUUUCCUGAGGGUGCUCAAUUGAUUCCCACUAAACCAAGUAAAGACCUUUCCCUUUAUGUGGAAGAGUUAGAUAUCCCAUGGAAUGAUCUUGUCCUAAAAGAAAGAAUUGGAGCAGGUUCUUUUGGAACUGUCCAUCGUGCUGAUUGGCAUGGCUCGGAUGUUGCUGUGAAAAUUCUCAUGGAGCAAGACUUUCAUGGAGAACGCUUUCAGGAAUUUUUGAGGGAGGUUGCAAUAAUGAAGCGCCUACGGCAUCCAAAUAUUGUUCUUUUUAUGGGUGCAGUCACUCAGCCCCCAAACUUAUCCAUAGUGACAGAAUAUUUAUCAAGAGGCAGCUUGUAUAGGCUUUUACAUAAACCUGGUGCAAGAGAGGUGUUGGAUGAGAGGCGCCGUUUGAAUAUGGCAUAUGAUGUGGCAAAGGGAAUGAAUUAUCUUCAUCGGCGUAAUCCUCCCAUUGUUCAUAGAGAUUUGAAAUCUCCAAAUCUUUUGGUUGACAAGAAGUAUACAGUGAAGGUUUGUGAUUUUGGACUUUCCCGUUUGAAGGCAAACACUUUUCUGUCAUCAAAAUCUGCUGCAGGGACUCCUGAGUGGAUGGCACCAGAAGUUCUCUGCGAUGAGCCAUCAAAUGAGAAGUCAGAUGUAUACAGCUUUGGUGUAAUAUUGUGGGAGCUUGCAACAUUGCAACAGCCCUGGGGCAACUUAAAUCCAGCGCAGAGAUUGCAUCUUAUUGUUAAUAAUUGA